CUUGUUUCGCGGAUAAGCAUUGUAAAGGAAGCAAUUGGAAGCUCGGGCUUGGAGCAGAGUAGGACGAUAGAGGAGAGGAGUCGAGGCGAGGCGGCGGAGGCGAUGGAGAAGUACUUUGGAAAUGCAUACAGAGGAGACCCAGGAGUGCCGCAUUCCGGUACGGAUCGCUUCUUCAACAUAUGGAUUGGGUCGGCCGCUUUCUCUGUGAUGACCUUUUUCAAUCCCUACCUGUGGCAGCUCACUAAUCAGUUCAAUUGGCAUGACAAGGCAUUUCUAUUUGAGCAAUACCAUUGGAAGAAAGCAAUGAAGAAGAAUCAACCAUAUAAAUUUAAGUGGAAUGAGAUGGACAGAGAAAUUCGAGACAAUUAUUAUAUCAACUGGCCUCACUACUUCCCAUAGCUCUCCAUUUCACAAUUUCUCCUGAUGAAUUUGUGGGAACAGAUGGGACCUGCGGAAAAUACAAGAUUAUGCCUUUAGCAUUUGUUUUUAGUUCUGCUUAGUACUGGUGGUUCAGACAAAUGUUUUCUCUUAAAUUUUCUCAUGAUACCAUAUAAGUAGACUCUUCUACGCAUAUGGAGUAAUGAUUGAAGCCCUGGAAUAACUACUGAAUGGCUUUUGUGUGUAGUUUAUGUUUGUAUGUGUUGUUUUUUUAAUAAUAAAUUAUUUAAAUGAA